UUAGCUCACUGACUUAGGAUUUAGAUGCGUUUAGGUUUAGGAACAACCUGCUUUUCACUCAUCAAUCAAUCUGGUCGGCAACACCAACAGCAACAUGAGUGCUGUCAAAUGCUGCUUAUUGUUUGGCUUUUUAAUUCUGCUCUGUUGUGUUCACAGUGAGGCACUGCACUGUUACACCUGCAUGGGGUCAACAGAUGAGGAUUGCAAUCGCCAGGGGUCCAAAGAAUGUCCAAGUUACUCAGAUGCCUGCGCUAUUAUCAAAGGAGAUGCCAGUGGUGUGCUGAAGUCAUGUUCCUACAAAUCCUUCUGCAGUCAAGCAAACAGCCAAGGUGACAGAGUUGCAGGGGUGAAGGUUCACUGCUGCUUCUCAGAUGACUGUAAUGUGAUGGGACAUGGCACCCAGCUCAGCAGAGGGUUUAGCUAUCUCUUGGUCCUUCUGUCACUGUUUUGCUAUCUAUUGUCAAGCUAAAAUUGCCAGCACAAGUUUAAAUGUGCUUCAUACAGCAGAAGUCGCAUUUAUGUACUGAGUAGCCUUUAGGUGUAAUAAUGUCUCUGGUCAUGCCUAUUAAACUGAAUAUGACCCAAAUAGACUUUUCAUGCAAACCUAAUGCACAAAAUUGAAAAACAAGACAAAUAACUUUUAGGUCAAAGUAAUUUAAGCAGUGUGAAUAAAUGCAGAAAAACAUUAGGGAAUAUUGUUGAAAGUCAGUACAUCUAUGUUAAUAUGCAGUGUAUUUAGUAUUAAGUAUUAUAUACUCUUAUGAUACACAUAAUUAGCAACCAAUAAAUUGAUUCUUUAUAUUUAAAAGAUAACAAGCUUAAAUCCCAGCAUCUUAACUACCACUGUCUGACCCUCAGCUUUGAUUCCAGUUUCCUAGCUGCCACAUGUGCAUAAAAGAAUUUCUUUGUUCCAUGCAUUUGUCAGCACAAUGACAAUAAAUGCUGUCAGUUUCUUUU